CAUUAUUAGUAGUAGUAUUUUUUAUCGGGUUAAACUGGUUAAAGAACAUUAUAUCCAACACAUAUUAAGAAUAAAUGUCAGAGAGUCAUUGCCAUGGAAACGUUGUCAUAGUGAAGUUGACAACCAUUAAACAAUCUGUGUUUGGGUUCAGCGCACAUGCUCAUUUCUGUGGAAAAAGCCUGUCACGGACUCUAAGCAGGAUCGGGAUUUUGUGAGGUAAAAAUCACGAAUCUGUUUACUUUAUUUCACCAACUGAAUAAAGCUGAAAGCAGUCAGUGAUUCGUUAGUUUGGAACGCAAACGGUAGAAACAGUUUGUUUUGUUUUUUGGGGGGGUUGAAAGAUUUAAUGCUUUUUCUGUAAAAAAAAAAAAAAACAUAAUCAACCUGGCCUCUGCCAAACAAAAGUCAAUCGUAAGUAAAGCCAUGUAUGAUUUAUGAACUUAGCUCGAUGCUUUAUAUAACUCAUUAACAUGGCUAGCGCUUGUUUUCACGGGUGAGCGCAAAGCUGUUUUAUAAUUAUUGAUUACUUAUGCUCAAUCAGUGCGAGUUAGCAAAUGAGUAAAGUUUCUUUCUGGCGUUAGUGUUGUCAUACAUGUGAAAUGAGUUAUGGUUGUCAUUGUUAUUAUUGUUCCAAAUCUGUUGCCAUGAUUAGCACCGUGAUGUUGCUGUUCCAGGUGAAGCCACACUCGUGUACUGAGCCACUCAGAAAGGUGCAGGAUUUGAAAGAACUUGUACUGUACAUUAAGAAAAAGUUGGCAAACCCUUAAAGUGCCUUCAUCAAUAGUAAUGCAAUUUCUUAAUAUAUAUAUAAUAUAUACAAUACAGGAUUUACCUAGUCUGCAGUCAGAUCUAUUAGCAUUUGUAAUGAGAGCUACAUUUAUUGUUAUUUUAAAAAAGUGAAGACAUCAUGAGAUGGCAAAUAUGCUGAUGGCUAUUUUAAGAGUCUCCAUAUACAGUGUUUUUACAUAUUUGCCUAACAAGUUGAAGAAGCUCAGCAGAAAUCUGCUAAAUCAAACAUGUGGAGCUACCUGCUAUGGUGAAUAAGGGAUCAGCUGAAUAUAGCACCACAGAAGGAUGAGUGAUUUUAUCUUUUUUUUUCUUUUUUUUUUUAAUGUGCAAGCCCCCCUUACUCAUUUUAUUUUUUUUCCAUGACUUUCUCUGUCAAGGUAAUGAUGAAGGCUGAUCCCUGGGUUGGCACCUGGAGGCCCCACAAGCCAAGAGGUCCUAUAGCUGCCCUCUAUGGUAGCCCGGGACCCAAGUAUGCACUGCCUGGACUCACAGGUGUGUCUCAGCACGACCCUACUAAAUACAAAGCCCCAAUGUUCAGCUUUGGGAUGCGUCAUAAGGAGGUCAAUAAUAACUUUUCCCCUGGGCCAAGAUACCUGAUUCCCACCAACAUGACCAGAGAGGGCCUGAGCAGCAUGCCUGCAUUUUCACUCCACGGCCGUCCAAAGGAGCCCAAGUUCUUCGAGCCUCCUGGACCAGGUCAAUAUUCCCCAGAGCAUUCAGCAAAGUGGAUCUACCGCGCUGCGCCUGCUUAUUCACUGUUAGCCAGGCACAAGGAAUUAGGUGGCAACAAAACACCAGGUCCUGCAACCUAUUCUCUGCCUCCCGUGAUAGGGAUGAACACUGCGGUUGCAUCUUCUGCUCCCUGCUUCUCAUUACGUGGCCGCAACAAAAUCGGAACCUUCUAUAACGACCAAAGCAAGACUCCUGGCCCUGCUGCCUAUAAAGUUGUGGACCCCAGUAUUUAUGGGCAGAAGCCUCCUCAAUUCAGCAUGACAGGCCGCAACUUCACUCCCGGUGAAACCACCGCGAAACCAGGACCAGGAGCAUACAACCCUGAGCAAGUAAACCUCACAAAAACCAAAGCCCCGAGCUUUACCUUUGGAUUGCGUCAUUCUGAGUACAUCCUAUCAGUCCCUGGGAAUGUUAUGGAAUAGUGUCCUCUGUCAUCUCUUAAUUUAACUGGAAGUGACCACAGACGUUUUUCAAUAAAGCAUAAAAUACAAA